AAUCGAUUUGCAUAAGAAAUUACAUAGUAAUUGCCAUUAAGGUUUCUAGGGGAUUAAAAUUAAAGAGUAAGUUGGCCAACACGUGUGUGUGGGAUAGGAACUCCGCCUAAAAUUCAAAAUUAUUCAAAUCACUAGCUUUCCAUGCCCAGCUUCAGUUUUUUAGUAACGGUCGCAAUGCCGCCUGCAAAAAGCAGAAACCAACAAACUCCUGAAACGGUAACAAGAAAUAUCUGCUUACGUGGCGCAUUUAUAUACCAUCUCCCAUUAUCUCAUCAUUAUCAACUCUAAGGCCCACUCCAAAAAAAAAAAAAUAGCGAAGAUAGCUUUUCUACUUCCCUACUUCUUCCUCUUCCUGUACUGUUUCCUCUCAAUCUCUUUCGUUUCAUCCGUUAUUGCAAUUUCUAUCCGUCUGAACUUGAAAUCCGGCCUCGAUUCUUCAUCUGUUAGGGUUUCUAAAAAAUUAGAGGAAAAAGGAGAGAAAGGUGGUGGAAUGGCGACAAUGGAGAGCUUGAUUGUGACGGUUAAUAGGAUACAGAGAGCUUGUACGGUACUCGGUGAUCACGGUGGCGACACCGCUUUGCCUACUCUUUGGGAAGCUCUUCCCUCUGUCGUCGUCGUCGGAGGCCAGAGUUCGGGAAAGUCAUCGGUGUUGGAGAGCAUUGUAGGACGCGACUUCCUUCCCAGGGGAUCAGGGAUUGUGACGAGGAGACCUCUAGUGUUGCAGCUACACAAAACAGAACAAUGGGUACAAGAAUAUGGAGAGUUUCUUCACUUGCCCAAGAAAAAAUUCACAGACUUUUCCAUGGUUCGGAGGGAAAUCCAAGACGAAACUGAUAGGAUGACUGGGAAGUCAAAACAGAUUUCUCCUGUACCCAUUCACCUCAGUAUCUACUCACCAAAUGUUGUCAACUUAACUCUAAUAGAUUUGCCUGGUUUGACAAAGGUUGCUGUAGAGGGACAGCCAGAUAGUAUUGUUCAAGACAUAGAAAGCAUGGUUCGCUCCUAUGUUGAAAAGCCAAACUGCAUCAUUCUGGCCAUAACUCCAGCUAAUCAGGAUAUAGCAACAUCUGAUGCUAUGAAGCUGUCUAGAGAAGUUGAUCCAACGGGUGAAAGGACAUUUGGUGUAUUAACCAAGCUUGACUUGAUGGACAAGGGAACAAAUGCUGUAGAUGUUCUUGAGGGAAGAGCUUAUCCGCUUCAGCACCCUUGGGUUGGAAUCGUGAACCGUUCACAAGCUGAUAUUAACAAAAACAUCGACAUGAUUGCUGCUAGGCGGAAGGAGCGUGAAUAUUUUGCCACUAGUCCUGAUUAUGGACAUUUAGCCAGCAAAAUGGGCUCAGAAUAUCUUGCAAAACUUCUCUCAAAGCAUUUGGAGUCUGUAAUUAGAGCCCGCCUUCCUGGCAUUACUUCUUUAAUUAACAGAAGCAUUGAUGAACUUGAAGCAGAGUUGUCCCAUCUUGGUAGACCUGUUGCCGUUGAUGCUGGGGCCCAGUUAUACACGAUCCUAGAGUUAUGUCGAGCAUUUGAUCGGAUAUUCAAGGAGCAUUUGGAGGGAGGGUAUAUUUUAGCUCCUUUUCUUCUCACUUCCAUUUCUGAAGAAAACACAGCACAAAUUAAAGAUAUAAUCUUAUACAAUCAUAACACUUUAUUAUCAUGUUUCCAAUCUUUUUCUAGGCGGCCAGGUGGAGACCGCAUUUAUGGAGUUUUUGACCACCAGCUGCCUGCUGCUUUAAGGAAGCUUCCAUUUGACCGUCAUUUGUCACUGCAAAACAUAAGGAAGGUAGUUUCAGAGGCAGAUGGGUACCAACCUCAUUUAAUAGCUCCUGAGCAAGGUUAUCGACGCCUCAUUGAUGGUGCACUUAAUUACUUCAGAGGCCCAGCUGAAGCUUCUGUUGAUGCUGUUCACUUUCUUUUAAAAGAGCUUGUAAGAAGGUCAAUUGCAGAAACUCAGGAGUUGAAGCGCUUUCCUACUCUCCAAGCUGAAAUAGCAGCAGCUGCGAAUGAAGCAUUGGAGAGGUUUCGUGAAGAGAGUAAGAAGACAACUUUGAGAUUGGUUGACAUGGAGUCCUCAUAUUUGACAGUGGAUUUCUUUCGGAAACUCCCUCAAGAAGUGGAGAAAGGUGGAAAUCCAACUUCUUUAUCUGCAGAUAGAUACGCAGAGGGCCACUUUCGCAGAAUAGGAUCAAAUGUUUCUUCUUAUGUGGGGAUGGUGUCUGAUACACUUAGAAAUACCAUCCCUAAGGCGGUGGUUUAUUGCCAAGUGAGGGAGGCCAAGCAAUCGUUACUUGAUCACUUCUAUAUACAAGUGGGCAAAAAGGAGGGCAAACAGCUUGCACAGUUGUUGGAUGAGGAUGCUGCAUUGAUGGAAAGGAGGCAGCAAUGCGCCAAGAGGCUUGAGUUAUACAAAUCUGCAAGGGAUGAGAUUGAUUCAGUCUCAUGGGCCAGAUGAAACUACCCGAGUGCUUGAUAAAAAAUCGUCCUUAUCACAAACUAAAGCACAAGGGAGGUGCUGAAAAAAGGUUUAAGUUGUUGAUUGUUCACUUUCAUUUGUUGCAUUUUCUGUGCAGCUCCUGUUUUCAACCCGCCAAACCUAAAAAUUUCCUGAAUAUUGGUCUAUGCUUGCUUAUUGUUUUCUUGAAUCAGAGUCGUUAAUGUAAUCCUUUUGUAGAAGUGUGACGUAAAUAGCUUCUCUAUCCAU